CGAAACAUCGAUUGUAUAUUACAUUUUGUGCACCUCUAUUGUUUAGUUCAAAAAUAGGCAGGUCGUCUGGUUGAUUGUACAACGAACGUUUUUUAGUUGAUUUUUAUGGAAACAACAAUGUCACUGCCCGAUGUAAUAGCAAAAGUAGUGCUGGUUGACAUCGAGGGCACUACAACAUCGAUUAGCUUUGUGCACGACGUGCUCUUUCCCUAUGCCAAGAAAAAUGCUGCCGAAUAUUUGCAGCAAACAUGGGCCACAGAUGAGACGAAACAAAUUGUAACGGACUUGCAGCAAUAUCUGGAAUUCAACGAAUAUGUGGAGUCACUGGAGUCGCCCCACGAUGAGACACAAAAGCUAAUCGCUGGGUUUGUUGACUACCUAAUCGACAAGGACUUGAAGUUGACUCCACUUAAGACGCUGCAAGGAUUAAUCUGGGCCAAAGGUUACGAAAGUGGCGAGCUAAAGGGACAUGUAUACGAGGAUGUGGCACUAGCCUUUGAAACAUGGCGCAAGGCUGGCAUUCAAAUUGCUGUUUAUUCCAGCGGCAGCGUAGCUGCUCAGAAACUGAUCUUUCAACACAGCAUCGCAGGAAAUCUGUUACAACAUUUGAGCUCGCACUUUGACACACACGUGGGCCACAAGCAGCAGUCGGAGUCGUAUACAAAGAUCGCUUUAUCGCUGGCAGUGGAGCCGCAGCACGUGCUCUUUCUCAGCGAUGUGCCAGGCGAGGCUGCGGCUGCUCGUGAUGCUGGCAUGCUCACCAUUCUGCUCCAGCGACCAGGCAACGCACCAUUGACCGAAGAACAACAGAGCGCCUUUGUGGUAAUUGACGACUUUUCGGCGCUGCACGCGAUAAAACUGCCUUAA